AGAAGUCAAGCGAUAAAAAGGGUGUCACCCUGUCAUUGCGAUAAACAAACUAUACUUGACAUUUUUGAUCUUAUUUUCGUAUUGUAAGUUAUUUGUAAACAGAUUUAUAAAGUAUUACUAUACAGAUAAUCGCUAUAUUUAUACCAAUGGAAUGGGAAAUCAACUCAAUCGCCUAUCACUCUAGUUUCACAGAAAGUAAUGCAACCAUCGGGAAUAUGGCCCUUUUACCAAUUAAAACCGAAUUUAGAGGUCCUGCACCACCUUUAAACAAUAAGGAUAUAGAUAUAAUUGAUGAAGCGUUGAAUUUCUUCAAGGCAAAUGUAUUUUUUAGAACAUAUGAGAUUAAGAGUGAGGCUGAUAGAGUUUUAAUUUACAUUACCUUAUAUAUUACUGAAUGCUUGAAAAGGUUACAAAAGUGUGCCAAUCAGAAUCAAGCAACCAGUGAAAUGUUUUCUCUUGCAAUUUCUAAAUUUGAUAUACCUGGUGAACCUGGUUUUCCAUUGAAUUCUGUCUACGCUAAACCUAAUACACCUGCAGAAGCUGAUUUAAUGAGACAAUAUCUGCAACAAAUCAGACAAGAAACAGCAGCAAGAUUGGUAGAAAAAGUUUACGGCAAGGAUGGGAAACCUAGCAAAUGGUGGCUCUGCUUUGCAAAAAAGAAGUUUAUGGAUAAAUCGUUAUCCGGUCCUGGGCAAUGAAACUAUCUUAAGAUUAUUGUUUUCAAAUGUAUGUGAAUAAAAAUACAAAAAUUCAUUACAAAA